AUGGCGGAGCUACAGCGCGAUGUGGAGCUCCAACUUCUCAACGGGAAUGACUUGAACGAGGACAGAGAAGACCCGGACGCCCCAGAGUCAAUAAAGAAAAAGAGAAGAAAGAAGAAGAGGAGUAAGACCACCGCACCAGCAGGGGCAAAUGAAGCUGAGGGGGAUGGAGAAGCUGGAGGUGUUGGUGAUGUGACAAAACAGUUGGAGCAGCAAACACUAGAGGACAAAGAGAGGGAGGAGGAUGGAGAAGAAGAUGGGGAUGAAGGGGUGAACUCAGCUGGAAAAAAGAAGAAGAAAAAGAAAAAGAAGAAAGGAUUGAAGGGACAGACUGACCCUCCCUCAAUCCCUAUUUGUGAGCUCUAUCCCAGCGGAGACUUUCCAAAGGGAGAGGAGUGCGAAUAUCCACCAUCGAAAGACGGGCGCAGUGCAGCGUGGCGGACCACCAGUGAAGAGAAACGGGCGCUGGACAUGGCCAACGAGGAGAUGUGGAGUGAUUUCAGGGAAGCGGCCGAGGCCCAUCGGCAGGUCCGCUCGUACGUCAGGAGCUGGAUCAAACCAGGGAUGACCAUGAUUGACAUCUGUGAGAAGCUGGAGGACUGCUCCAGGAGGCUCAUCAAAGAAAACGGGCUAAAGGCAGGCCUGGCCUUCCCCACCGGCUGCUCCAUCAACCACUGUGCUGCCCACUACACCCCAAACGCAGGAGACCCCACGGUGCUGCGUUACGACGACGUCUGCAAAAUUGACUUUGGAACGCACAUCAACGGUCGAAUAAUAGACUGUGCCUUCACCGUCACAUUCAAUCCAAAGUAUGACAGGCUGCUGGAGGCUGUAAGAGACGCAACUAACACCGGUAUUAAGUUUGCAGGAAUUGAUGUGCGCCUGUGCGAUGUUGGUGAGACCAUUCAGGAAGUCAUGGAGUCUUAUGAAGUGGAGAUAGAUGGGAAAACAUAUCAAGUGAAGCCAAUCAGGAAUCUCAAUGGCCACUCUAUUGGACAGUACAGGAUACACUCAGGGAAGACAGUCCCCAUUGUUAAAGGUGGAGAAGCCACAAGGAUGGAGGAAGGUGAAGCUUACGCCAUCGAGACAUUUGGCAGCACAGGGAGAGGUGCAGUCCACGACGACAUGGAGUGCUCACAUUACAUGAAAAACUUCAAUGUUGGACACGUGCCAAUAAGACUUCCAAGGGCUAAACAUCUGCUGAAUGUGAUCAAUGAGAACUUUUGCACUUUGGCAUUCUGCCGCCGCUGGCUGGACCGCCUGGGUGAGAGCAAGUACCUGAUGGCGUUGAAGAAUCUGUGUGACCUUGGCAUCAUAGACCCGUACCCACCUCUCUGCGACAUCAAGGGCAGCUACACCGCCCAGUACGAGCACACCAUCCUACUCAGGCCCACCUACAAGGAGGUAGUGAGCCGGGGAGACGACUACUAAUCAUGCGCCAAAACUCAAGGCGAGCCAGGAGGAGCGUGACGGCUCAAAGACAACAAACCUCUGCAGACUGAUAGCAAUUAUGCAAUAUUUCUCUGACAUAAAUUCCCUCUGCUUGAGUACCACUAGAUAAUUAUUCUAGCAAAGGCAAAAUACUUGUGUCAUGGCAGUAGCUUGCUAGUAUUUAUUUUCCAAGGGAUCGAGCCAAUAGACAAAGGGCAUAUCUGUAACAAAGGUAGUGUUGCCAUUUUAGUCACAUUUUCAUGUGCUGCUUUUCGGAAAUAUGCAAAACAAAUAUAUGCAAAAGAAACAUGCAAAAAAGGUUUUGGUGACCACCUCGCCUAAAGAUGCUUAGCUUUAUGCGUUGCUAAGACCUUGUGAGGAAACUGAAAUGAAAUACUUAUAUUUCUAUAGUUCUUUGCUCUAUUUUAAUUUGAGGCACUUUUGUAAGAAAUAAAUCGUUAUAAAUAUUGCAUCAAUUACUGUGUGCAUAAGAGCUCCCAAUACUUAAUUACAUUGCAAAUAUCUGAUGAUAUAAAGGUGUAUUUCCUUCCUUUUACCAAAGGAGGGCGGUACUUAAACAUGAGUCAAACAUCCUGCUCUAGUGAAGACAUUACAGUAAGACACAUCAGGCUAUUCAUAGUCUUGUACUUUAGCAUAAUGUCACCAUGGAAAGAAACAGACUUUUCCCUGAAGCAUUAAGAAUGAGCACACCGAUUUGUCGUUUUUGCAGUUUAGAUGAAAAAAACAAACAUAUAGGACACACAGAAAUAGCAAUACAAAUAUCACAUUGAUGGCAGAGUACAUUCAUGCACCCUAAAUCACUAAUUUGUCCUUUACAAGAAAA